AGAUUAAUAGGUUAAACAGACAUUUUGUUCUAUUUAUCGAUCUAGUUAUCUCUCUGUCUGUCUAGCUGUUACCUAGUCAUUAAAAAGGCUGAUUAAUGUUAACAUGAAUAACUGUUUAUAGUAUGACUGUCUUUUUAAUUAUUACUAUAUAAUAUGGAUAAUAUUUAGCUACAGUCGUGUUUCAGGCAAUGAUUGUGUAUAUUUUCAAUAAAAUAAUACAGUAUAUGUCUAAGAUGGGGUUUAUUUGCUAUGGCAAACAGCAUAUAGAAUUAUUGUUAAUAUGUGAAUAAUACAUUUUGAUCUAUCUAUCUAUCUAUCUAUCUAUCUAUCUAUCUAUCUAUCUAUCUAUCUAUGCUGUUACUUAGUCAUUACAAAUGCUGAUUGAUGUUAAAAUAAAUAACGUUUAUAUGACAGUGUGACUAUAUUUUGAUUAUUACUAUAUGAUAUACAUUGUGUUUUGCUGUGCACAGGAGAUAAUGAAGAAGACAACCAACUUCUUUCCCGGGAAGACUGUGGUGUCUUUCAGGAAGGGUCCAUCAGGCCAUUUGCGGCAGGAUCCCUCUGACGAGGCCAUGCGGAUCAAAAAGAACCCUUCUCUUCAGGACAAGUCUCCCCCUCAGAGACAUGACCUUGUGAAGACCAAUGCUGUCACUGCGGUCUUUCAGCGGGGAGGGGAUGUGUCCGACCGACUGGAGGUGAUGGGGGCGUAUGUGCUGCAGUUUGGCAAGUACAAGGGUAAAUUGUUUAGGUGGCUCCUGGAAAACGAUGUUGGCUACACCAUCUACCUGAUGAAAAAGGUGGAAGAGGAGGAGAGAGAUGGGACCUUCAACCCUCAAGGACACAGCAAGGACAGCCUGCUGUCAUUUCUGGACUAUGCCAGGAGCUUCCAGGAAAUUAGGGACCUGAGGGAGUAUCUAGCUUCCAGGCUGCCUGCACCACCAGUGGCAUCAGAGGGUGACAAUACUGUCGGCUUUGGAGCCAGGGCAAAGGACACCUGGAGGCAGAUCUGGGAGAGCAGGGCAGAUGGAUAUGCUGCCUUCAUCGUAGGAGUAAAGUGCAUCAAAAACAGCAAGAUGUACAACCUGCAGCAGUACAUCCUCAAGCAGCAGAGGGCUGAGUCUGGGGAGUCCUGCCCACCACCUGCAGGAGUCUCCACUACAUCAGCUGCCCCUACACCGCCUACAUCUAGCACUCUAGCGAUGGAGGAAGACGAGGAGUUGGAGAGGGGGAUGCUGAAUCUGUCUCCCUGUAAAUUUGCCACUGCCACAAGUAGGGCCAGCAGCAGCAGCAGUCUCCAGAGCCCCGGCUGUGUCUCCACCAACAGGUUUUUUUUUCUCAGGCUGUCAUUCAAGGAUUUGGCAUUUUUUUUGCCAUGCCACAUCUUUGAAUGACAGGCAGUGUGCUUACUAUAUAUUGAUAUUGUUUCUGUGCUUUACCUGUUUUCUUAAAAGCAUUGUGUUUUGUCAUUACAAAUAAAUAGAGAUUCAUAAUUUAAGGGAAUAUGGUGUUUUCAGUCUGUACUCAGUUUGUUAGAGAGACGACAGGUAAAGACACAUUGUGAAGCAUAAACAAACUUGACUGUGUGAGGAAAAUGACUCUGAAUUGUUUUACAGCACACAGGACGGAGCCAACAGCUACAGUUUCCAGACCUGCCGAGCCUGAUGACUCCUCUGGGAUUGUUGCUUCUGUGAAAG